AAAUGUUGUUGACUUAAAAAUCAGAAUCUUUCUCCAAUUCACACAUGGUAUAUAACUGAAGUGCUGUUCCUUCUCUAGUUCUCUGUAUACAACUGAACUAAAGAAAUACAAGCAUGAGUUCAAGAGGGAUAUUUUUCCUUGUCCUCCUAGCGUCGGGCAUGCUGCUAGAAGCUGGUGGAGUUGCAAAAGCUUGUUACUUGUACUGCUUGCAAGUCGAUUACAUGACUUGUCCGUCUUCGGGUGAGGAGAAGCUCGAGCCAAAGUGCAACUGCUGCUUGGCACCGAAAGGGUGCACUCUUCACCUGUCUGGUGGGUCUUCAAUGCUCUGUUCCAAGACUUGAAAGCUAUUCAUAUGUAUUAUGUUUGUGUCUGUGUUUUGUAUGAAUAAACUUGUGAUACAUCUUAACUGAUGAAUAUAUAAUUGUUGGUCAGUGCCAAGGGUUUCACAAA